AUGAGCACCGCCAUGAUCGACAAAGACACAAACAACGAGCAAAACAACAAAUCCAUCAUCCACACUGGUCUAAACUGCGAAUUCACACAAACCGCCGUCAACACUCUAAACACCACCAAGUCCACAACAUCACAAACCUCCAUCACCACAGCCGCCACCACUGCAAAAACAACCAAACCUCUCGCUCAACCCAUUACCCCAACUCAACCCCCCAUCAUCACCACCUCUCGCAUCACAAACCCAUCAAGUGCACAAACCACAACUCCACACACACCCCUCUUCAAAACCCUCUCCCCCCUCCAAAAAGCAGCACGCAAACGCAAACUCUGCACCAUCAAAAAGAAACUCGGCGAAAAGAGCGUCGACGAAUUGACAACACUCUACAAUCAAGUCGACGAUCCAGACUUUCGCAACUUGAUGAGUAAAGUCUAUCAUGAGAAUUGCAUGGCUAGAUUGCAGGAGUGGGAGCAGAGACUUUGA